AUGAAGACUGCCGCCUUUGCUCUCCUGGCUGCCGCCAGCGUUGAGCAGGUUGCUGCCACCUACUCCCUUGGUAGCUCUUGGACCAACGCCAAGCCCUACAGCUGCCCCGGCAACACCGACAACAACUGCAACACCCAGCAGCACAACGGCUGGGACUUCAGCGACGUUCCCACCGGCGUUAUUGGACACUAUGGAGGAUUCGACUUCAAGGGCUGGUCGUGCGAGAACGACUUCAGCAAGCGUGACACCCUCCUGAGCGCUCGUACCUUUGGUGCUACCGGCCGCUCCAUCUCUGGCCAGUGCACGGGCGACAAGAACACCACUCCUUGCAUCUCUGCCAGCGCCGGCAACGAGCACUUCUCCGUUGACACCUUCUCCAUCUCGACCGAGUUUGAUACUCGUCUGGAGUUCCACUACGACAUGCCCGACGGCUCUACUUGCAAGCACUCUGCCUCUUGCUCGUCCCACGGAACCACCGUCAAGAACACCCAGUGCGGUGGAGCUAAGAGUGUUUCCAUCGUCUACCCUGGCGGUUCCAAGGGUGGCAAGUCGUCUUGCGGCACCAAGGUUCACCACAUCUCUUGGAACUGUGGCAACAACGCUCCCCCCAAGCCCUCUCACUCUCAGCCUGCCUACACUCCUCCCGGCGGAUCUCACCACACCAAGCCUUCUUACUCUCAGCCCGUCUACACUCCCCCUGGCGGCGGUCACCACACCAAGCCUCACACCAAGCCUGUCUACACUCCUCCUGCUGGCGAGACCACCACCGCCCCUGCUGGUGCCGAGACUACAACUGCUCCCGGUGAGACUUACACUGCUCCCGCUGGUGAGACCACCACUGGCCCUGCCGGUGCUGAGACUACCACUGCUCCUGGCGAGACCUACACUGCUCCCGCUGGUGAGACGACUACUGGCCCUGCCGGUGCUGAGACCACUACCGCUCCUGCUGGCGAGACCGAGACCACCACUGCUCCCGCCGGUGCUGAGACUACCACUGCUCCCUAUGGCGUCCCUACCGAUACUGCUACCACCGAUGUUGUCGUGAGCACCUCUGUCAUCACUGCUCCUGGCGGCGAGACCACCACUGGCCCUGCUGGUGCCGAGACCACUACUGCUCCUGCUGGCGAGACCACCACUGCUCCCGCUGGUGCUGAGACUACCACCGCUCCUGGUGCUGAGACCACCACUGGCCCUGCUGGUGCCGAGACCACUACCGCUCCUGCUGGCGAGACCACCACUGCUCCCGCUGGUGCUGAGACUACCACCGCUCCUGGUGCUGAGACCACCACUGGCCCUGCCGGUGCUGAGACUACCACUGCUCCCGCCGGUGUCGACACUACCACUGCUCCUGCUGGCGCUGAGACUACCACUGCUCCUGCUGGCCAGACCUACCCCGUCCCUGGUGAGACCACCACUGCUCCCGCUGGUGCCCAGACUACUGCUCCCGCUACCACCGGUGGCUCUGAUGCCGUCACCACUGGCCCUGGUGCUCCUUACACCACCGUCUACCAGACCACCUCGACCGUCUUCACCACCUCUGUCCACACCAUCACCAGCUGUGCCCCUGAGGUGACCAACUGCCCUGCCAGGACCGACAAGCCCGUUGUCACCACCGUGACCGUUGCCGUCAGCACCACCAUCUGCCCCGUCACUGCCACCAUCACCCCCGGUGCUCCUCUGCCCACUUCCGAGGCCGCUGCUCCUACUGGCACCGGAUCUUCCCCCGACCAGUCUCUUCCUUGCCCCGAUGUCCUGCCCAAGUGCAUCAACACCUGGUUGACUCUUCUCCCCAACUGCAAGGACAACACCGACGCCGCCUGCUACUGCCCCAGCAAGGAUCUCGUCCAGAACGUCUUUGAGUGCAUCUACUCCAACGGAAACAACGAUGACGAUGUUGCUGCUGCCAUCACCUUCUUCCAGGGUGUCUGCGCUGGCUAUGCUGGUUCCAACCCUGCCGUUGCUACUGGUGCUGCCCCCAUCACCUCCAUCAUCACCGUGACCGGCACUCCUUAUGCUACUCCUACUCAGUACACCACUGUCGUCGUCGAGACCACCGUCACUGAGCCUUGCGUCUCUGAGGGAACCACCAUCCCCGGCAGCAGCACCACCUACUACGUCUCUACCGCUCUCACCGUUCCCCAGGUCAGCAUCACUGCUGCUCCUCCCGCCGGUCAGCCCACCUACGUUGCUCCUCCUCCGGCUGAGACUGCUCCCGUCGAGACCGCCCCUGCUUCUGCCCCUACUCAGGUCGCUCCUCCUCCUGCCCCCAUCGGCACCGCCACUGGCACUGGAGCUUUCCCCGGCAACACUGGCCUGCCCGUUAUUGGCGCUGCUGGCCGCGUUGGCGCCGGUAUGAGCCUGGGUCUCGCCGUCAUGGCCGCUGUCUUUGCUCUGUAAAGCAGCUCCUUGAUUGGAAGAUACACAUGCGUGUAACAAACCGUUUCCUUUGAUUUGUUUUUGGGCUAUUUGCUUUUCAUUCAGUGCCUCUGGGAGGGCGCGCGCAGUAUUUAUUAUUUGAAGUGGUUAGAAGGGGGAAUGUAUGUGUACACGGACAGGACCUGACUAGCGGAAAAAAUGACCCUCAUACAGUAGGGCAAUAUCAUUCUUACGAUCCUUACGAGCACAUGGACAGCACAGCUGGGGGGUACCUCUCUCUCUGGUUUCUUUGUCAAGAACAAAGAGGGGGGGGGGGAUGAUUUUUGA